UCGCGAGUGGAGUGAUGCGCCUGCGCAGUGAACCUUGUUGCACUCUUCAACUCGCAAGUAGCGAGGCCGUCGUUGUUCAGUAGCUCAAGACGCUUGUUGUGUAGGCCUAUCACCCGUUUUAGGGUGAAUUUUCGUCUUUAACUGUUCAAGAAGGCUUACCAGUGGCGUCCUCACGCAAAAUGACGGAUAAGGACGGAGAGGCGUUCGACGAUGCAGUCGAAGAAAGAGUUAUUAAUGAAGAAUAUAAAAUAUGGAAGAAAAAUACUCCAUUUCUUUAUGAUCUUGUUAUGACACAUGCAUUGGAGUGGCCAUCAUUAACAGCACAGUGGCUACCUGACGUAACUAGACCAGAAGGCAAAGAUUACUCGGUGCACAGAUUGAUUUUGGGAACGCACACGUCAGAUGAACAGAACCACCUCCUUAUUGCCAGUGUUCAACUGCCCAAUGAAGAUGCUCAGUUUGAUGCGUCUCAUUAUGACAAUGAGAAAGGAGAGUUUGGCGGUUUUGGAUCAAUAAGUGGUAAAAUUGAAAUCGAAAUUAAAAUUAACCACGAAGGCGAAGUCAAUAGAGCUCGCUACAUGCCUCAAAACCCUUGUGUCAUUGCUACUAAAACACCAUCAAGUGAUGUUCUUGUGUUUGACUACACUAAACAUCCCUCAAAACCAGACCCUAAUGGCGAGUGCCACCCUGAUCUCAGACUAAGAGGACACCAGAAAGAAGGCUAUGGUCUCUCAUGGAAUCCUAAUCUCAAUGGCUACCUACUAUCAGCCUCUGAUGACCACACCAUUUGCCUGUGGGAUAUCAAUGCCACUCCAAAAGAAAAUCGCAUUAUUGAUGCUAAAACUAUUUUUACGGGACAUACUGCUGUUGUUGAGGAUGUUGCAUGGCACCUUCUUCACGAGUCUCUAUUUGGUUCAGUGGCGGAUGAUCAAAAACUCAUGAUCUGGGAUACACGUUCUAAUAACACCAGUAAGCCGUCUCAUACUGUUGACGCUCACACUGCUGAAGUUAACUGCCUCUCUUUUAAUCCAUACUCAGAAUUUAUUCUGGCUACUGGAAGUGCAGACAAGACUGUAGCGCUCUGGGAUUUGAGAAACUUGAAAUUGAAGCUUCACUCAUUCGAGUCGCAUAAAGAUGAAAUCUUCCAGGUUCAAUGGUCUCCUCAUAAUGAGACGAUUCUGGCGUCCAGUGGCACAGAUCGAAGACUGCAUGUUUGGGAUCUCAGCAAGAUUGGGGAAGAACAAUCCAGUGAAGAUGCGGAAGAUGGACCUCCGGAAUUACUGUUUAUCCAUGGUGGUCACACAGCCAAGAUCUCGGACUUCUCUUGGAAUCCCAAUGAACCUUGGGUUAUUUGCUCUGUUUCUGAGGAUAAUAUCAUGCAGGUCUGGCAAAUGGCAGAGAACAUUUACAAUGAUGAAGAACCUGAGACUCCAGCUACUGAACUAGAGGCGGCAGCUUCAUGAAUCUAUUAGAUUAUUGUGUAUCAUAAUUCAUGUUUUACUAGCUUACCUGCUUUUUUGCAAUUUACUCCAUUGUGAUUCAUUUAUGUACCAACAUUCAUUAAUUAAAUAAUAGGACUGUACCUGCAUCUGAAUAUUUUUA